AUGGUCUACUGCUGAUAGAAAGAAAGAAAGAAAAAGAAAAUGAAGAGCCAAACACAGCUUUCAAAGUUGAUCACUCUGUUCGGAUUCUGCGUUCCCAUUUCUUCUUCUUCUUGUUCAAUAUCUCGCAUGAAUCACAUCGCUCUGACUACUACAAUCAAUUACAGUAAAUUGAAAUUCGCUUCGCUGAGAACUCUACUGAAAGCGAAGAACCUCCCACUCUCGCUCUCUCCACGCGCCUUCGUUGCUCUUUCCCCUCUUAAUGUUGCUGCUAAUUACCUACGUAAUUUCCGCGUUUCUGGCAGUUACAUUUGCAGUGGAACCCUUCUAGGUGUUUCGAUCAUAUCUGCACCAGUUAUAGCUCACGCCAUGGAUGCUGGGGAUGCAUUGGUGGAUGAUCAUGAAUUACAGGACCUUGCAGAGGAGGAAGAAAAUGGACAAUAUUUGUGGAGAUUAGCUAGAAAAUUUUGGCUUCCUAUUUUCUUCUUUAUCACGGUGUUGACAAACUUGGAUGACUCAAUUACAAUAUUUUGCAUUAAACUUACUUUAUUCCUCCUUAGCACAAAACCCAACCCUUUCUCCGUCUAUGUAUUUGUUGAACAGCUGUGUCAAAAGUGUAUGCGCCAAGAAGCUCGAUUUCUUAAAUUAAAGUCACUAUAUGCCAGCAAAGUUGAAGUGCAGGACUAUAAGCUUCUUUGCUUGGCUGCUGUUGAAGUAAGAGAUCAAAAGUUCACUUUAGUUGGAAUUCUUGGUAGCUGGUGGACUUUGCCACAUUUACAAUUUUGGGAAGCAUUCUCUUUUGUCAGAAACAGAAUUGAAAGUAUCUUGGUGAGAACAACUUAACCAGGGAGUUGUUUUGCCCCUUCUGGAGUUUCAA